UUUAAACUGCCACUUCAGUCAAUAGCCCCAUUUUGGCUCAAUAAGCACUUCCUUGUAUCAGGUCAAUUGUUCAACCUUGAAACUAAAGGAAGUUUGAGCCAGAAUGGCGUUGUUUUGGCCGCGCCCCAUCAAGCAGUCUCCUCGCGAGCCCUGUUUGAUGACGUCGCGCUGGGCGAAGCUGAAGACGCUCUUAGCAACAAGCUAAGAAACCACACAUCUCGAUGGGCUCGAUUACGGGACGGAACGCGCAUCCAAAACACUCAGACGAUUUUUGAGACAACUUGUUUGAGAUUAUGAGUUUAUUUGGAGUUCUUGUUUUUAUAAUGAAAGCAAGUUAGACCUGUAGCGUUACUACCCGGAAAAGAGGAAACACUAGCCUGAGCUUUAGCUGGCCGCUGGACCGUAUGCUCGGACUGGGAUGACUCUUCUGUUCAAAUCAACAACACGAUAUUCAGGAGAGGGAAAGAGUGGAGGAAGUCGACAUCCGUUUCAUUUUUGGACUCAGUCUAAUUGUACUUUAGGGAGGCAUUUUGUGGUCACGGACACGUAUUUGUUUCCCCUGCGACUUUGAAUCUUCAUCAGCAUUCUGAUGCAUUUGUUAAGUUUUAUUAGUAUUGCUACAGGUUCGGACUUUUCUGUCUCUCUUCAUCAUUCUGGAAAUAUAGACACUUCUAUUACUUCUUUUCCAUGGUUGUAAUACAGGUGGUCAAACUGAUAAGCCUCAUGAAAACAGCUUAAAGGGGAUCAUGUCUGAACCCUUCAGCACUGUGAAGUCGUCUCUCUAGCCUCUCUGGACAUUAACAAGCUUCCUCUCGGAUAUAAGACUCUGAUGAUAUUUUGGUCAUCUCACUAGAAAAACAUUGCAUUAUUGUUUUGGAUGGAUCUCGCUUUAGUGAAAAUAUUUUUCAGCGGAAAAGGAAAUAUUUGAUGUUGAUUACAUGCAACUAUGAUGAUAUUGAGCAGAAAACCAGAUGGCCCCAUAACUGCAGCUCGCCACGGGGACGGUCUGUAUGAUUCCUACAUGCGCACCGAUCACAUUGUGAACCAGGACGCUGAUGUGAAUGGACAGAGUCCCUCUGGGCUCCCCCCUCUCCCCAAACACACUGGUGUCAACAAGCCUACAAUGAAGGAUCACCAAGCAAUCCGAGGAGGACAGAUGAAGGUGAAAUAUAUUUACGAGGACACCUACAAUCGCAAACUCAAUGGUGUGAGCCAACAUAAUGGCACAAGCCAAGUACCAGCUAAGUCCCAAGCUGCAGUCUCCAAAGAGAGAAGCGUGGACAGCAACAGCUCUGUGAAAUCCUCAGAGAGCUCAACAAAAGUCACAAAGCUGGGCAGCCCAAUGACCCCAGAACAAGCUAUCAAGCAACACCGACAGCAACUGACUACCUUGGAGCAGCAGGAGAUCCACAACUAUCCUGAGAUCUACUUCCUGGGACCAAAUGCCAAGAAGAGGCAGGCAGUAACAGGGGGUACCAACAACUGUGGUUAUGACGACGACCAGGGAGGAUACAUCCACGUGCCUCAUGAUCACCUUGGCUUUCGCUAUGAGUUCCUCAAGGUGAUCGGCAAAGGUAGUUUUGGACAAGUGGCGAAGGUGUAUGACCACAAGUUACAGCAGCACCUUGCUUUGAAGAUGGUGCGUAACGAGAAGCGCUUCCAUCGGCAAGCCGCUGAGGAGAUCCGAAUUCUGGAGCACCUGAAGAAGCAAGACAAGACCGGCAGCAUGAACGUAGUUCACAUGUUGGAGAAUUUCACCUUCCGCAACCACAUAUGCAUGACCUUUGAGCUGCUCAGCAUGAACCUGUAUGAGCUCAUCAAACGCAACAAGUUCCAGGGUUUCAGUCUCCCGUUGGUACGCAAGUUUGCACACUCUAUUCUCCAAUGCCUGGAGGCUCUCCAUCGCCAUAAGAUCAUCCACUGUGACCUGAAACCAGAGAAUAUAUUGCUUAAGCAGCAGGGCAGGAGUGGGAUCAAGGUAAUUGACUUUGGCUCCAGCUGUUUCGAUCACCAGCGUGUCUACACAUACAUCCAAUCCCGCUUCUACCGUGCUCCCGAGGUCAUCUUGGGAUCGCGAUAUGGUAUGCCUAUAGACAUGUGGAGCUUUGGUUGCAUUCUGGCAGAGCUGCUUACAGGAUACCCUCUGUUUCCUGGUGAAGAUGAAGGUGACCAGCUGGCCUGCAUGAUGGAGCUACUAGGUAUGCCACCUCAGAAACUGCUGGAACAAGCCAAGCGUGCCAAGAACUUCAUCAGCUCCAAAGGCCACCCACGCUACUGCACGGUCAGCACACUUAGCAACGGCACGGUAGUCCUCAACGGGAGCCGUUCUCGCAGAGGAAAAUUGCGAGGUCCCCCAGGAAGUAAGGAGUGGGGGUCGGCCCUCAAAGGCUGUGAUGACUCCACGUUCAUUGACUUUCUGAAGAAGUGUUUGGAUUGGGACCCUAGUACUCGAAUGACACCAGUUCAGGCUUUAAGGCACCCCUGGCUCUACAAGAGACUGCCCAAGCCUGCACCUGGUGGCGAGAAAUCCAUGCUGCCCAAACGGAUCACAGAGCACAGCACCACUUUCCCUACUAUUAUCUCCAAGGUACCCCCAGUCAUGGGCUCAACCAACAACAAACUGCGGACCACCAUGAUGGGUGACUCCACUGGAAGUAUACCCUUUCGUACAGUGCUGCCGAAGCUUGUUUCAUAGAGAUUCCUUAGCUUUUCAGGGAUAAAGACACAUUUGUAGCCAUUUUAGAAGUGGAUUUUUUUCCCCCCCGUUUCUUUUCUAAAUGAGUGUCAAAGCUCACUGUUGAAAUUUUUAAUGAAGUGUAGCAAGCAAAAACUUUUAUACAACUAUACUGUUUUUAUCAAAUGGCCUUCAGAGUGUGAAAUUCAAAAUUGACAUCAGGGCUUACACUUUGGUCUUGAAUCCAGUGCUGUUGAUUGAGGUGGGUGAAAUUUUGAUGCUGUUGCUCGCUCCUUAUCCUGUCUUCUCUGAAGUUUACACUACUUCUGCUCAGACAAAUGCACAACUUUUUUAACUCUAAGUGCUGUCUUCUGUGAAUCUUAGUAUACUUUUUAAGGGCUUAGAGUGAAUUUUCUGGCUCUAAUUGUCAGAUAAAACAUCUUUUAAAUGUCUAUUUGGUGUUCUAAAGGCCAUGUUAUCUUAUCUUGGUCUAAAGUAGAUCUGCACAUUUUCUAAUUUUAUUCUAUUUUAACAGUAUCUUCCCCAGUCAAUUGCAUCCCAUUUCUUUCCUCGACCGUUUAUUUCUUUUGAGUAUCUGUUGCUUUGAAUAUCUUACCAUAGUAGAACAAGAUGUAAGAAAGUUUGUACUUGUUGGUAAGUGGUGGAGUUAUUCUGGUCACAAUGCUGCCUGAUGGCCAUGCCCAUUCCUGGAAGGUAUUUGGGAAAGACUUUUGCACGGGUGUUGUAGGAGCGUGUUUUUAUCAGUGCUAUCUUGAAAGAUAUUGGUCAGGUUUCAAUCGAAGGCAACAGGCAGUAUCACGUGUUUGCUUGUAAACAGCAGUAUGUAUUUCCCUGAAGCUGAUUGUGGGGGAAGGGAACUGCACGUUUCCAGUAUUUUCAAUAGCAGUGUGCUGUUUGCACACAUCGAUGAUAGAUACCAAACUGCCAGUGCGAGGACUUCAUAAACAUGUUCAAAUUACGAGAUAACAAAAGGUGGAUGACAUGCAUCUUUCAGGAUUCAGUUUUUUUUAUAGCAUUUUAUAUAAUGUCUCAUUUUUAUUAUGUUUGAAUUAAUAUGUGUGAGAAGAUAAGGGGAAAAAACACGACUAAAAAGAGAGUGCAGGGUAGUUCCCAUCCCCCAAAGCUCACCAUCAGGACACAGUGUGGUAAAUUUCCAGUGACUUGUUGAUUAGCCCGGAAUAUCUCUUUAUAGAGACCUAUUUUGUUCCCUUUUCACUCUUAGGUUUACAAGAGAAUCUUGUUCUUUAUACAGUAGAGCACACAGCACAUUCACCCUCCCACAAUGGCACUGCUCAGUGUCUGAACUUUGUCUGAGUAUUUGUCCACGUGAAACCCCUGUGUGGACAAACAAUAAUGCCGUUGGUUAUUCGGAAGGUUGUUUUAUGAUCUAAUGUAAGCAUGAUUAAUGACAUUGCCUCACUCUUUUUAGCUGUGAAUUGAACACUGAAUGCUUAGAAGCUAAUUUUUUCAAGGGAAGACACUAAACUGCUGAAGGACUGUGAAAAUGAAUGGUGCUUAACCCAUUGGCCCUUUAUGUUUGUAAAGCACACUGUUUGCUACCUGGACCAAGGUAAGAAUGAGGAAUUCAGGCAAGUUGUCGCCAAAGUCCUCUUAAUUGAAAAAAAAACAUGUCUUUUCACACCUCUUCUCAGGUUGAAACCCUUUUGGGGGUUAAUGGACAUUUAUAUAUGAUUCCACACAUUUAGCAGGUGUAAAGAUGAUUUGACAUUUAAUAAAGCUAGGUUUCAGGAAAAAAAAAAAAACAGUAUAGCUUUAGAGAUGUUGGUGCUCAAAUAAAAACUACAAACCCCAGGCCUCUAUAGUGUCUGUCUAGUCAUAAUCAUUUUUGGGUUCAUUUGUGGUCUCCCGCAAAUUUUCAGUCGCUCUGUUUCUUUUUGGAAUACAUCAGGGGAAAGUAACCUUUUAAAAUGGUUUAGUGUUUUUCUACUUUUCUUGUGAAAUCCUUUUUUUUUGCUCAAGAGAUCUCUACCACAGCAAUAACAGCAUCAUGCUCCACAUCUGUCUACUUUGCUUUGGAUUUCCUGUCUGUUUAUCAUGAAUUUUUCACCAAAGCACCCAUUCACAUGGCUGUCUCUCCUUGGUUCGCCUCAGUGUGUAAACCCCUUGGUUCGGAGGACUCUAGUCUUGUGCCUUUAAUUGAACACACUUGACUAAAUAAUGAAGUCUCAGCACGGGAUGACUAACGUUUCACUUCCAGCUUUACUGGUCAGGUUUUUGUAUUGCUUUUUAUUUCAUCCUUUUAUAGAGUUUUUACUUGUUUUAAAGAGAAGUGAAAGACAUAAAGAUUAAUUUUCCUUUAAUACCCUUUGUCUGUUGACUGUUGGCCAUGUGGUUCAAAGCAUGAUAGUCACAGAGCGCAUGAAAAUAAGUGAUAAAGUGAAAUAGGAGUAAAUGAAAUGUUUUAAAUAAUGACGAAGUGUGUAAGUAACCAAAUGAGCUUGUAUUAGUUUCUUUUUCUAAAAAAGAGAAAUAAAAAAAUCAAUUUUACCAUU